AGAGGGUCCUUCCCCCAAACGAUCAACAUGGUUUUUUGCACAUUUUAAAUUACUUUUUAAAAUAAUUUUUUUUGUGUCAUGGAGUCUUUCAAGAAAUGGGCAAAUGACAAUGAAAUCAAAACGAAUGGAGUAACUAUAGAAACGACACAAUACUCAGGAAAUGGAUUGUUUGCUUCAAGCCACAUUAAAGAAAACACAUGUGUAGUUGAAAUACCAGAAAAUCUUAUCUUGACUGCAUCCAAGGUCUUAAAGACAGGUGAACAACCAUUUUUGUCGCCUAUCUACAAAUACUUUAUGACCCACUAUGAACUGCACUCAGAAGAAGAAGUGAAUUCAAUAGCUAUGGAGCAAGAGCGAUUAUUGUUAUGCUUAUUCCUAAUUUAUUAUCAAUUCUUUGCAACAUCCAGUUCUUGGACUCCCUACAUGCGUAUUCUCCCAAACACGGAUUAUUUCAAAGACAAGCAUUUAUUCUUUAAUGACUUCAUCAUAAAAGGAACAUGUCUCGAGACGUCUGUCAGAGCCAAGUUAUCAGUCCUGCGUCAUGAGCUGGAUGAAAUCAAAAGCCAAGGUAGUGGCUGGCUUUCAGAUAUUGAAUGGGAUAUGUACGUCUGGGCAGACUGUGCUUUUUGGUCACGCGCUGUUGGUAUUGGUGAAAGUGAAAUUGCUGUAGAAGCCAAUUUAGCACUUGUGCCUUUCUUUGAUCUUGCUAAUCACUCGCUCGAUAACUCUAAUAUUAGGUGGAUAUUAACAGAGAGUAAUAACCUUCAAUUAGUCUCGACACAAGACAUCGAAAUAGACCAAGAGUGUUGUUUGUCUUAUGGAUCAAAGCCAAAUCAAGAACUGUUAUUUAUCCAUGGGUUCUCUAUUCCAGGUAACCCAGAACUUUCUCGGGCGACAAUCCCUAUAGCACGCAUCGUAGACCCUUCGUAUCCCUUCGAUAUGAUCAAGAUUGAGUGGUUAAAGACAAUAGGAGCAAAGUCAUUUUUAUCUCUUAUGCCUCAAAAGGUCAGUGAUUGCGACGACUGUUUCAUUGCGGAAGGAUGGUUACCUGAUUCUGUUGCAACUGUCUAUCUGAUUGCGCUAUCAGAAGAUGAUGACAUCCUAUUCUCUUCUCAAGGCAAAGACGAUCAGCCUAUUUUGAUGCUUAAUGACAGUCAUGGGGAAGUGAAAGGUUUAGACGAUCUACUGAGUAGAGUGAAGCGAUUAGAUCUUUUCCCUGUUAUUCAGACAAGGGCUGCUGUGUUGUUCUGGGAGGCUGUAGAACAGUGCUACAGUUUAAAUGUGGAUAAUGAUCCUGCUAAACUUGGCUAUGCUGAGCAUGACUCUGCUAAAGCAUUCUUGCUGGAGCAAGCACAUAUAUAUCGUCUUGAAGAGCAAGACAUCUUGAACAAGGCUCGAUCAUGGUUAUUGAAAAUGCAAGAUGAGCUCUCACAAAAUGAAGUCGUCCAGGCUUAUUUGAAAGCUGUUGCAAAUCAAUAAAAAGAAACACAAUGCCAUCGGCUAGUUUAACUCAUUUUCAUUGGAUAGCUCUGAAACGCAGUAAAUGAGGACUUGAAAUUUUGCAGCAGUAGAGAGAGUCCUUCUUUUUUUAAAAUUAAAAAAUGUCUAGACAUAGAGCAAUUCGAAACCUUGACGUCAAUGACGUUCUUGAUGAGGAUGAUUAUGAAAGUUCUUUUGAAGAAGAAGAAGUACAAGACGAAUUCGACGAGUCUCAGCUUACAAACGAAGAUCUUGAUUUGUUGUAUGAAGGAUUAGACUAUAUACAUGAUGCCGUUGGUAAAAAUGACGUGCUGAGCGAUCGUCAGA